GAAACCCUAGACGCAACUUCUUCUUGUUCUUCUUCUGCUUCAAAUCUCCAAAGCCCUAGCUCCAAAAUCUCCACAACCACCACGUUCUGUCAUCCGCCUAUGGAGACGAGCCGCGCAGCGAAACCUCCGAAACCAGUGGUCGAAAUUAGCUUCCUACAGACAACAAUGGACUUCUACUGCCUCAAAGGGAAGGUCACAUGCCACAGAUCUUGUCAAUUCCUAUCUCUCUCAAAGGCAAUUACAAACGUUUUGCUUCAACUUAUGGUUCUUUGAAUUUUAUGGUCCGUUUGGUUACUGAGGAAACGCGGGAAAAGACGAGAGAUGCAGUUGAGAAAUGCAAUCUCAAAAUCCAAACAGAGGAUAAAGGUUUGAGAGUCUUAAUGCGCUCAUUGGGAUUACUUUUUGGCUCAGAUAUAUGCCUGCCAUGGAGUUGGGUGUUCUGAGUGAUAUGCCCAAUAUUAGAAAGAAAGCUUGCAUGAAAUUAUUAAAGCAGCAGGGUCUUCAUGGGAGCAAACUUUUGUCAGCAUACAAGGAUAUGGUUGGAACUUCAAACCAUGAUGUGUUGGCAUGUCAGUCUUCCCAAACUCGUGUAAGAAAUUAGCGGAGGAACUUGUUCAGAUGUUCAUACUUGAACUAAAUUUGAAGCGGUUGCUUGUAGUGGAGUUACUCUCCAUCAGUUGUGAAGAAGCCUCACAAGACGAUCGAUAUUGUUGGUCAGAUGAGCUGUAUCCUGGGGAAUUUGAUGAUUUGGGUAUAUGCAGCUUGCAUUCAAAAGAAAUUGGCGAGCUUAUUCCCCCAAAAAUAAUAGGUUUUGAAUCUCAUUCGCCUGUUAUACGUUCUAAUCAGCAGCCAGAUCAUGAGAUCUUACAGGUUUACCUUACAACUUGGCUUGCAGAGGUGAACAUUGAUACACAUAGGGUUGAUGAAAUAUUUGCUGUAAUUGGGGAGGAAAUGCACGUUGGCCUUUCAUGAACCUGCUUAUAUGGCAAAAAGGAGAGAAGUGCUACUCCAAUGAAUCCAUCAAAGAUUCUGCAGACCACAAUAGACUAAAAAUUGGGUAGUCCUAUAAUUUAUCUGUAUCUAUAUCAUAUAUGAGCAAAGUGUUGAAAACUUUUUUUUUUCCUGACAUAUCCUGUUCAUCACUCUUAUGUACGCAUACAUCCUAUUAUUAUUUUAUUGAAUUAAUUUGGAUUAUUUUUUUA